AUGGUCUCGGAGAAGAAGAUGUUGAAUUUCAUUGAAACCUUUCUAGGCUUAGGAUUCAGCAGAGAAGAGUUAGUGAUGAUGGUCAAGUGCUUUCCUCAGUGCCUUGUACAUUCUACAGAGAUGGUGACGAAAAUAAUUGAGUUUAUGGUUAAGGAGAUGAAUUGGUCAGUUACUGUGUCUUUGUUUCCUCAUGUAAUUUCAUACAGCUUGGAUAAGAGGAUUGUGCCACGGUGUAACGUAAUCAAAGCUCUCAUGUUAAAAGGAUUGCUCAGAAGUGAACCCACUUCAGUUUCGUCUGCUUGGCAUGUACCAGUGAAGCUUUCUUAA